GGCAGGGCGCGCCAGAGUCGCCGCUUGGUCCCAGCCGGCGGGCGAAAGCGGCUCCUCCCCGGACGCCCCGCCUCUCACUCCCGUUACACUCCCGGGAAGGUGUUCCAGAGGCCGCUCCCAUCCUCACCCCGCCUCUCCGCUAACCUCUGCCGCCGGAGCCCACUAUGCCAGACACUUUCGACACUUUGCAAAGACAAAGAGCCCUAGACCGGAGGGAGGAGAGAGGAGGAGGCAGAGAAGGACCGUGAGGUGUGAGCUGGCUGGGGCUUGACUUUGCUGAGCUAGCAAUGCCGUCAAAGAGCAACUGGCAGCUGUUGGGUCUGUGCUAAGCAAGGCUCGGAGCUGUGGGGCCAGGCAGUUGUAUCUGUGAGCUAGGGGCAGACAGACAGUGCCUCAGCUUCCUGAGAUGAAGAAACGGCGACUCAGAGAGGUUAUGGAACUCCACUAACGGGCACUUCCGGGCAAGGCCUUUUCUUCCUGUGCCAGUCAUCCCAACAUGUGUCACAGCAGAGACAUGGUAGAGACACCACAAAUACUUUAGUAACGAUGGAACUAAUGCCUUCAUGGGAAUUCAAGAUGUUCAGCAACCCCUGUGCCUUCCAGGAGACAUCCUUCAAGUCCCCAUUCCCCGUGACAGCCUAGGAGACACAGCUCGAGUUAAGGAUUGUCCUCAGACCCGCUUUCUGGAGGAGAGUGACCAAUCAGCUUCACACCCUACUCGGAGACCCUUCUACAGAUGGUCCAGGGGUUCCCCCAGGCUGAGAUUAACUAACUAAGCUCGAUCCCUUUUGAGUUGGGGAGAACAUUGCUUUUCCCAGGCUUCACUCAAGGGUCGUCAAGCCACAUUCUUGACUUUGCUUGGGAUGCAGAAGAAGUAGACCACACCGUUAGCCAAGACAGCCAAGACAGCACUGCACAGACGACCCUUGUGUGCCACACGGGGAUGUCGAGACCACAAACCUAGGCGUGUCUCCAACAGGCUGAAGUUUGCCCCAGCUGCCUCUGAGGCCUCCCUGAAGACUCCCUUCCCUGCCGCCUGCUCCCGUGUCUCUGAGAUUUCUUCUCAGCUCUAGGAGGGGGUCUCUUCCUCUUCCACCCUCCCAUCCACACAGAGGUCCCAGCAAAGGGUGGAGAUGGUGAACAUAAGGAAGAGGACCCUCAAGUACCUCACCUUCUUCCUACUCUUCAUCUUCCUCACUUCUUUUGUCCUGAACUACAACAUGGGAGUGUCCAGUGCCUGGUUUCCCAAGCAGAUUGUCCUGGAAUUCUCAGAGAAUUUACGCAAGUUCAUCAAGCCACAGCCGUGCACCUGCAGACACUGCAUCAGCCAGGGCAAGGUCUCCUAUUGGUUCGACCAGCGCUUCAACAAGACCAUGCAGCCACUGCUGACAGCCCACAAUGCUCUGAUGGAGGAGGACACGUACCGGUGGUGGCUGAGGCUCCAGAGAGAGAGGAAACCCAACAACCUGAGUGACACGGUCAAGGAACUGUUCCGCCUGGUGCCUGGGAAUGUGGACCCCAUGUUGGACAAGAGGUCGGUGGGUUGCCGACGCUGCGCGGUUGUAGGAAACUCUGGUAACCUGAAGGACUCGUCGUAUGGGCCUGAGAUUGACAGCCACGACUUCGUGCUGAGGAUGAACAAGGCACCCACAGUGGGCUUUGAGGCAGAUGUUGGGAGACGGACCACCCACCAUCUCGUGUAUCCUGAGAGCUUCCGGGAGCUGGGAGAGAAUGUCAACAUGGUCCUGGUCCCCUUCAAGACCACCGACCUGCAGUGGGUGAUCAGUGCCACCACCACAGGCACCAUCACUCACACCUAUGUCCCUGUGCCCCCGAAGAUCAAGGUGAAACAAGAGAAGAUCCUGAUUUACCACCCAGCCUUCAUCAAGUAUGUCUUUGACAACUGGCUUCAGGGUCAUGGGCGGUAUCCAUCGACUGGCAUCCUCUCCAUCAUCUUCUCCAUUCAUAUCUGUGAUGAGGUGGACUUAUAUGGCUUUGGGGCAGACAGCAAAGGAAAUUGGCACCAUUACUGGGAGAACAACCCAUCAGCGGGUGCAUUCCGAAAGACGGGAGUUCACGAUGGCGACUUUGAGUACAACGUCACAACUACCCUGGCAGCCAUCAACAAAAUCCGCAUCUUCAAGGGGAGAUGAUGCUGUGACCCACGAAGAAUGGACCCAACACAUCACACCUCUCAGUUUGCAGCCCCAGCAUCCCCCUGGAGCCAGUGUGUUCUGAAAGCUUCCAGGGCUGAACUUGGGGUGUUCCCAGGCUUUCUGGCAGCCUCUUGCACCUUCAUUUUGGUAUCAUCUACUUAGCAACAUUGUCCAACUCUCCCAGGAUACAGAGCAAGUCUCAGGCCCCUUUAAGGUGGGAGCACUUCCCCACUGCUGUCCCCUAGCUGGGGAAAAAUAAGCAGAUAGCAGGAAAGGUCUAGCCUCCAGACACCAGUUACUUUGUCUCCUGGAUUGGAUUGGAGGAAGGGGAUGGGGAAAAAUAAAUCCUGAAGAUUCUUGUAUUCAAAAGAGUGAGCAUUUCUGGGAAGUCAUUUAGAGGCUGCCACGGAACUGUGGGCCUCAUGCUCAACUCAGACUCUGGCUGGGAAUGUUUGGGACAGUCACCUGCAGAGCAGAGCCACACUGGGCUACACCAGCAGAGGGGCAAGAUACCCUUCUCCUUUGCAUGAAGCCUAGCCUGUCACUUGAUAUGACACCCCCAUUGUCCCUUUCUUCAAAAAGCUCACCGAUGAUGACUAGGCAAAGCUUCUGACUCCAGAAUUCUUCCACGAAAACCUGGCCAUGGAUCGCUGACAGGAGUGAAACCCUUGUCCCCAUUCUGUGUGAUCCCCUUCCGUCGUGAUACUGAUGGCCAGAACAGGUCUGACCACUUCCAUGUGCCUUUGAACUUGAGAAAGAAAUGCAUGCAUUGGCUGACAUGAAGCAAAGUCCCCAGUUGGACAAGGAGGACCUCCACCAGCACCUCGCUUUACUGCAUAGCUCAAAAUCUCUUUCCAAAUGAUAGUCUGCACCACCCAGAGUAUGCCAGGCAUGGGAUGGGUGCUUACUUCUAUUUCCUCAGACUGCUGGGUUCAGGACCACUAACAACCAGCAUCCUCCCAUGGGUCCUGAACGUUGAGCCAAGUCCCUAGCAGCCACCUUCCUGGACUCUUUGGGGGUCGCACUGGGGAUACCCUAGAACUAUGACUGAAAUGCAUGUACCUCUUCUCCUGAGUUCUGUCUGUUCUCCCCUCCUUCCUCUACGGAAAUCCUGAUUAUUUAUUGAUUUGCUAAUUCAGCUGACCGUGUGUACACUCUUCUCCACAGCUGAUCACAGUGUGUUUUGUUGCUCUGCCUGGUUGAGUGGGAGCAGGAGCAGAAGGGAAAGCAUCCUGGAUGUAUGUGUUGAAACAUCUGGACUCCGGGCUUGCUGGCGGGCAGAUCCUUUGUAGAAUCCCAUGUCGCCUCCCUUUCUAGUACAAGUGACUUGCCUUCUUCCUCUUUGCAGAAGGGAGGAGAGCAGACACUUGGAGGCAGCUGCCACCUCCUUAUAGAUGCUCAAUAAGAGAAACUCCUGUUUCUGUUGAAAAGUAGUCCCUAAAGACCAGGACAGCUUCAUCAAGGCAGAUUAUGAGAGAGGUGUCUUGAGGGUUGGGAGAUCUCCCCCUGCUCAGGUUCCCCUCUGCAAGUAAAGGCUCAGGAGCCCCUCUCAACGUUGGUCUGUUCACAGGCAUCACCAAAGAGCAGACGCUAAGAUUGCCAUUGUCUAGGAGUCUGUCCUGCGAGUGGCUUUGAAAUUGCUUUUGUUUAAUUUUCAGUGACUCCGAAUUCAGGCUUUUAAAUGAGGGACAAAUAUGAUUCACUUUUAAAAUCUUUCUGACAUAAAACCCUUGGCUGAAAAGGCUGGACUCCUGUAAGGUCCUUGCUGUGGAAGGCCCUCCUCAACCUCCUCAAGGGUCCCAGUUUGAGGAACUCAGCAGAUGUUUGUGGGUCAGCGGGUCAGUCCCGAAGACAAAGUAAAAGUAGUGGACAUUGGCUUAGGGGUGACGGUUCAGGCGUCGUUGGGUUCUGCCGCGAGAGAGCAAGUGUCUGCAGAAAGAGUGUAGCCAUUUCUAGCUGAGCACUGCUCAAGUUCUUCUGGUCUUCAUUAGCCCCUCCCACUCCCCUUCCCUGCCCCCACCCCCUGCCCCCCUGCCUUCCUCUCUUCCUCUCUCUGUUCCUCUUCCAGCCAAGCAGCCAAUGGUUCUCUUUCCCACAACCCUCAUCCCUCCCCUGUGUUUCACUGGCUUAGGAGUGCGCUCUUAACUGAAUAAAAUACAGCCCCUUGUGGCCAGAAUGAAGUGCACCAAUUAGUUUAAAGUAACUGGAGCUUUCCUUGGGUGUGGGUGGCUAAGAACAGGAAGAGCCUUCCCCAAAGAGACUGACUGGGCUGGCUGACAGAGGAGCUGGUCCUGGGCUCAGGGACUGGCUCCCAGUACACAGGAAUCUACUAAGGCCAAGGGAAUUGGGGGGUGGGGUUUCUCAUCAGCACCCAGACUACUAACCUGCAGUGAACCAGGAGGCUGGUGUUUCUUACACUGGUGGUGGGCUUCACAUCUGUAGCCUUUGGUUCCUGAAAGUGACAAGCCAAAGAGGAAAAUCUUGAUGUUGAUGCCUUUAGCCUGGCUUUCUGGGCAUCAGACAUCAUCCGGGAAGCCAUGUGGGCAGGGUUAGUGGAACAGACCCCCAAAACAGGGAUAGACUAGCAACCAUCUAGGGCCCUGAUCAUCUAUAAAGAUCUGGGGACCAUAGAAGGAUACAGAUGGUGCUGCAGUCUCCUCCGUGACCACAUGGGUCUGCUAGAGGACCAUCACACCUCCUGGGAAUGUGACUUCCCUGUCCCAGGUGGAAAGGACCACAGUGGAUAUUGAGAACCCAGAGGGUGGCUUCACCUGUGCCCCAUUAAAGUGGCUCCCAACAGGCAGGGUGGGAGAGGCCCUAGGUAAUCCCGCCCACAGGAUAGAGUGACAGCUGUAUGCCCUCAGGAGCUGGCAGCUGGAGGUUCCAUCAUAGCCAGGUGGCUACGAGGUGAGAAAGACUGGCUCUAGGCAGCAGCUCAGCCACCAAGGCCUGGCUAGCCAAUUUUCAGAUAGCAUCAGCACCGGCUCUCCUCUGUGUUGCCCUCUCCUGUGCCCCAGGUGUUACCUAAAACCUCUACAAAACACCGGAGGGUGAAGAGAGAAGGCAGAGACCAGCAGAGUAGUGCCCCAUGCCUUCAGCCUCCGAGUAUAGUAAAGGCAUCAUCAGCCUGGCCUGGAGCCUGCUUCCGCCUGCUGAACCCCAUCUUGCCUCCCCAACCUCUCUGCUCACUUAGUUUUUACUUUGGCUCCACCUGCGACAACAGCUUUAACCGUUUCUCCAGAGCCUAAUCCGGAUCUUGCACACCCUACUAGGUGAUCAUGGGUAACUCCUGCUCCCCCAGACCCUUGCACAAUCACCUUAACCGUUUCCCAAGAGCCUGAUCUGCACCUCGCUUGACUCGCCCUAGUAGGUAGACAUGGUACCUCCCGCACCUCCAGGUAGUUACUUUAGCCCUUUGCCAAGUUUGCUUCAGAGCCAAAGUUUUCCAAGCACUUUCUGCCUAAAAGCUUUUCCUUCCUUGCCUCCUGUGGCCCAGCAUCGCCCAUUUAAACUUUUGCUUUCUCCUGCCCACAUGUUGUAAUCCUCCUGAUUGGUCUGAAUGCAUUUCCAAUGAUGUUAUGGAGUCUGCCUUCCUCAGCCUCUGCUCCGUUUUAUUUAUUGUUGAAUAUUUCCAAUGAAUCGAAUCAGAGUGAAUAAAAAGAGCUAUUUUAUUGUU